AUGUCGAAGCACGCGACCUUGGUGUUCUCUCGUCACGGUGAGUCGGAGUGGAACGUGGCGAACAUCUUCACAGGAUGGGUGGAUGUGGAUCUGUCCGAGAAGGGCUUGGGUGAGGCCAAGGGCGCAGGUGAACUUCUGAAGGCCGAAGGCUUGCAGAUUGACGUGGCCUUCACGUCCUACCUGAAGCGCGCCAUCAAGACGUGCAACUUGGCCCUGGAGGGAGCGGAUCAGCUGUACGUCCCUGUGAACAAGUCCUGGCGUCUGAACGAGCGCAUGUACGGUGGCCUGACGGGCUUGGACAAGAAGGAGACCGUCGUCAAGCAUGGUGCGGAGCAGGUUCAGGUUUGGCGACGUAGUUUCGACAUCCCACCACCAGCCCUCGAGAAGGACAGCAAGUACCACCCGUGCCACGAGGCCAAGUACGCGGCACUGGAUCCCAAGGAUCUUCCAGACACAGAGUGUCUGAAGGACACGAUUGCUCGUGUGAUGCCUUACUGGGAGUCCACCAUUGCCCCUGAGCUGAAGGCUGGCAAGACUGUGUUCGUGGCUGCCCAUGGCAACUCCAUCCGGGCCAUCGUGAAGAUGAUCGAGGGCAUCUCGGACGAUGUCAUUCCGGGCCUUGAGAUUCCCACCGGGACGCCCCUGGUCUACGAACUCGAUGCGGAUCUCAAGCCCAUCGCAACCUCCAUGGCCGUGGAACCCCUCAAGUUCGGCCGCUAUCUUGGUGAUGCCGAGAAGAUCAAGGCCGCCGCCGAGGCCGUCAAGAACCAGACCAAGGUCGGAUGA